GACCCGGAAGAGGAAACAAAAAAAGGAAAUGGCGUGAACCGCCCGGGUGCUUUGCCUUUUUAAUCGCUGACCUCGGAUUUUGUUGCCAUGCAGAGAGAGGAAAAGCAGCUUGAGCUAUCCCUGGAGGCUCUUAUCAGUCAAGUGGCUGACCUGAAGAACUCCUUGGUCAGUUUCAUUUACAAGCUGGAGAAUGAAUAUGACCGUCUCACUUGGCCCUCCGUGCUAGAUAGUUUUGCUCUGCUGUCAGGACAGCUUAAUACUCUGAACAAAGUGCUGAAGCAUGAGAAGACUCCACUGUUGCGCAAUCAGGUUAUUAUCCCUUUAGUGUUAUCGCCAGAUCGGGAUGAAGAGAUAAUGCGCCAGACAGAAGGACGAGUGCCAGUGUUCAGCCAUGAAGUUGUACCUGAUCAUCUGCGAACUAAGCCCGAUCCUGAGGUAGAGGAGCAAGAGAAGCAAUUAAGCACAGAUGCAGCUCGUAUUGGCACUGAUGUGGCCCAGAAACAGAUUCAAAGCCUAAACAAAAUGUGUUCCAACUUGCUAGAGAAAAUCAACAAAGAAGAUCGAGAAUCUGAAAGUGGAGGUUUACGGCAGAACAAGCAGACAUUCAACCCUGCUGAUACCAAUGCCCUAGUUGCAGCUGUAGCCUUUGGAAAAGGAUUGUCCAACAGACGUCCACCAGGAGUGGGAAGUUCUGUUCCGACCAGUCAGCAAGGUGCCAAUGCCAUCAUAGCUGGUGCUUCUACCAUGCAGCAAGUACAAAUGUCGGGCGCACCAAAUCAGCCACAGCCUAUGCUUGGAGGAGUGCAGAUGCCACAAGCAGGGCAACCAGGUAAGAUGCCCAGUGGCAUAAAAACCAAUAUCAAAUCUGCUUCAAUGCAUCCCUAUCAAAGAUGAGUGGGAAGUAGUCUGGUCUUAUUGCUGUUCCUGGAUUUCAUUUCCAAGUCAACACUUCUUCAAGUGGUUCUCAUCAAUUAAACUUGGAGUCUUCUCUGAAGAUCACUUGGAUCAUUUAUUAACACAACUGCAUUGAUCCAGGAUACAAGAAUGUAGACAUGUAUUUUUCAUUCCAAAUGAUAGAGGCAAUUUUGAGACAAGAGACCUGUUCAGUAGCUAAGUCAAGAUGGUAAACAACUUUACUUUUUGUUUAUUAAUGUAAGCAGCCUGAUUCCUGUUUUGGAACUGCCUGUUAGUGACUGAGAUUAUAUGAGACUUGCAAGUUAUAACUUUUCUUAAAAAAAUAAAUAAAGUUCAAGUGCGCUUUCUCAUGUAGGCUUUUUUUGUACUUUUAAGUGGCUCAUGGGAAAAUGUGUGGCUUUGUCUUGGCUGUACUUUUCAUAUAGUGCUUAAAACCUAUACCAUUAUAUAGGCCAGCAUAUAAUCUAUUUUGACUCCUGUUUGAGAUUCUUCUGUUCAACCCCAUUUUUCAUUGACUGGGGGAGGGCUAACAUUCUAACUCUUGGUUUAUUAUUAUAGAAAUUUUGUCAAAUAAUCAACUACUGGGCAGGCACAAUGGAUAAACAUGCUCAAAUUUUAUUAAUAUAACCAUCUGAAAAUGUUUUAAAUGUGACAGAAGGUAAAUAUUACAAUGGGUUUCUCAAGUGGAUGAUAGUAGUCCUGACAGAUCUUCCUUGUGUCAGUGACAAAGGAAAGGCAUUACUUUUUUUGCUGUUGAUGUGCGAGGGGACCUAGAAGUCAGAAACAAUUCUGAUUAUCCAAAGCUAUCACUUACAGUUAUUAUAUGUUUCAGCCACUGGAUUCAGGUUCUGCUUAAGAAUAGUAACUUACUAUUAAGUGACAACAUGAGUAUCUACUGCUGAUAGCAGUAGAAAGGAUAUUAAGUGAUACCUAAACAGGUGUUUAAAUAUUUGAAAGACAGUUGAAAGACAGUUAAUGUUCUGUUCCUAGCAAUGGUUGAGCACAAACUUGAUCUUCAAGCUCAAGUUUUUAACUAGUCCCAUGCAGGGAUACUGGUGGCUUGUAACUUGUUCUCUUUGGUGUUGGUGAUUGUGGUAGAGAUAUCCUUUUGGAUCUUCUGGGCCAGCAGCAGGAGCAGCAAAAGCUGUGACUUUUAAUUUAUCAGGAGCCUUGUGUUCAACCUCUUUGACUGGGAAAUAGCCCUUCCUCAGCCUCAACUAUCACAACAACAGUGGAAAAUUGCCACUAUUAUAGCGUUCUACAGAAAUUAAAAGUGUGCCAGAAAUACAUUUAAAUCAAUGGGAAUUUAGUCUGGAUUUAUGUGGGAAUGAAUUUCAUGUUUUAACAAAUUGAGACAACUGUUAAUUUUAUGAAAUUUCAGUGUAACAUAAUUCCUGACUGAUCUUGAAUGAUCCUGGAGGUUUGGCAUGAUUGACUCUGAUUAGUACAUAGAUGUGGGAAUAGUAC